GAUAGCCUGAGAAGUUCGACACAUGGGAAUCGGCUGAAAGUCGCAAUUGUAUACAAUAUUAGCAACUGAGAGACCAUGGAUGGGAAGAAAGAUCAGACAGACCCAGUUCUACUACACAGCUAAGUAACUUGUAUGGUAUCUGGACGUGGUCUUAUGCGAGUAUGUCCUGUACGACUCUAAAUUGUUCUGGUCUGUCAUCCCGCGUCUAUUCUCCCGCUCUGAUAUCACUCUGACAGAUUGGAACCAUGCUUUACAGCUCACGGCAGGCAGAAACGUUGAUUGAGAGCAAGGUCUUGACAUCCCUGAUCAACGUGUUUCAUACUAUCAUACAGUAGAUCGGUCAAAGCAAAAUCAUCGCCGCUAGCAUAUUCAAAAGUUAUGAAAGCGCCCUGAUCCAGCACUCAGCCUUUAUUCUGGCUUGCCGACCUAUUAUUGUUGACUGGAGAGAACGAUUCCGUAGCAUCAUGACAGCUCAUUGCAGCGCCAUCGUAUAUCAUGAUUUUCAGAUCCUGCAGGAGAGAGACCCUGUCAGCAUGAAACCAAUGUCGUAUGCUCGAGUAAGCACGAGGAUUGUAAUGCCCGCGAUUGUCUUGGCAGCAUCCAUAGAGGGAAGAUUGGACGACUUUUGGUGCUUGUCUCAAAGCCUCGUCGAAAUGAGGUCAUUUUGGUAACGGUGAAAGACUGGUUCGCUGGAUGAGAUUCCCUCUUCAUUCAACCCCGUAUUAUGCAAGCGGCCAAGCACUACUGCACUAAAAUUAUCCAUGUAUACCCAUCGCCCAUAUGCUUCGAAGACGGAGCAACAUGCGUUAUCGCACGUUUGUCCAACCCUCGGGCGAGAAUAAGUUAAGUUUGUGUACCUGAUUCCCCAUCAUGCCUCGACAGCUUGGGACCGUGCUUUUUUUGGAACACCUGUGGCGCCGAACUCUCUCCUGCAGCGUAACCUCAUAUCAUGCUUUGCUACACAGGUGGAAGUCUUGCCAUUGGACAGCCCGAGGAUAGCCAUCAUCUCUCCGAAGUAUGAUCAAAUACCAUACUUCUGGACCCUACUGCAGCCGUGUCUUAUAUUGGCAUCCUGCGAGCUUCUCUACUACGUUUGUGUACAGGCUUCUAUCAUGAUCUGAUGCCCAGAACUCAGUAAGGCAGCGACUCCAUGCAUAAAGUGCGCUGUCGAGACAGCAAACCUUGCCAAGAUGGUUGUAGCUUCGCCGGAUGUCCUUACUCUGCUAUCACAUACUCGCCUUCAUGGUUACAUGCAUACCGCGGCCACCGUUUUGAUCUGGUACGACUACUUCCUUACUCUGAGUGACGAGAUUCAAUAUUUCUGGGGCCGACGCUUGACAUGGGCAACAUCACUAUUUUUCAUUAACAGAUAUGUAGUAUUACUCACACAAACUUUCAACCUGUAUCCCAAGGUGGCAUCCCAUGUCACUUUUCAAGUGAGCAAGAUCGCGAUUGGCUUCAUCUUGACUGGCUCAGGAGUUUUGCAACAAUUUAUUGUGGACAUGAUUCUGUGUGUUCGACUCUAUGCAAUCUAUAAUAAGAGCAAGAGGGUGUUGUUCUUUCUUCUGACACUCCUCUUUGCCUGCACAAUCUCCUCAAUUGCUGUCAUUGCAGUGGUUGCUUUACGCACAAGAGGUACGACAACACCUGCUCCUGGACUCAGUCAGUGUACAAUAGAAACACCGUACAAGGUAUUAUGGCUGUUCUGGAUUCCAAUCCUGGUAUAUGAGUCGACAGGGUUUUCUAUGGUUCUCUAUAAGGCCUACCAAUAUUUGAAGGAACGACGCCUCCUUAGGGGAACCUCCUUCCAUACAGACUCUCUCAUUGCUGUACUCUACAGAGACUCACUCCUCUAUUUCGCAGGGAUAUUUGCUCUGUACGUGACAACAUGUGUCAUCUUCUCAAACCCCGAUCCUAGUAUCUCGGGGAUCAUGGAUGGUCCAACAUUGGUCCUUGAUGCUAUCAUGGGCAGCAGAGUCCUGUUCAAUCUACGUUCGGAGGAUCGGAAGCGCGAGAAUGUCAAGAGUACGGCCGUUGGUAACAUCACUACGGUGGAAUUCGCGAGCAAUGAUACAAGGGUUAGAACGACGGAUGACAUGGAGAUGUCUGCAGAUAUUUCUAGUCGUACUUCAAAUUCUUGAUUGUUGGAGGGGUUGAACUGAGACUGUAUCGGAAGUAUGAAAUGAUGUACGGCGUCAAGAGAAAAAAGUUGCUCGUGACGG